CCACCCCGCGACGACACCCGGUUCGGCGUCAUAUCCGCACAACCCCCCCGCCCUUCCGUCCCGUUCCGUAACGCUUCCCGUCGACCGUGAUUCCGAUGCCGUCUGCUGCCGCUCUCCAGAGACAAUAGUCGACACUGACCGCAACCCUCCGACGAUCCGACGAGCGGCCUCGACUCCUGUGAACAACAACCACAGCAGCAGCCGCAGCCAUGGGCUUCGUCGGCGUCUACAAGGCCGUCUACGACUACGCCCCCCAGGGCGAGGGCGAGCUGCAGAUCACCGAGGGGGACCUGCUCUACGUGCUGGAAAAGAGCACCGACGACGACUGGUGGAAGGCCAAGAAGAAGGCAACCGGCGAAGAUGAGGAUGAGCCAGUCGGCCUGAUUCCGAACAAUUACGUCGAGGAGGUCCAACCCCAGGCGAAAGCCCGCGCUCUGUACGAAUACACGAGGCAGACCGACGAGGAGCUGUCGUUCCCCGAGGAUGCGCAGCUUGAGGUCUUUGACACGUCAGACCCGGAUUGGAUUUUGGUAGGACACGAAGGAGACUAUGGCUUCGUUCCCGCCAACUACAUCGAGCUGGGGGAUGCCGCGCCCAAGGAGGAGCAAGAGGCUGAAGCGCCCGCGCCCGCGCCGCCUCCCCUCCCCGCGCGGACCCCCAGUAGCGACGUACAGAGCCCUCCUCUUCCCGCUAGGAACCCGGCUCCCGCCGAGCCGAGCACGCCUGACACGCCCGCUGCCCCUAAUCCGGCCACUAUGAUCGCUGGCAUGAUGGCUGCGCGCGCGAGUUCGUCCCAGCAGCCUCCCCCUGCGCCGCUCGAUCUCCCGCCCCGGAACCAGUAUGCCUCCGAGGAAUCCGAUGCCGAGGUCAAGUCCCCACCGCUCCCGGCCCGGCCGCGCGGCGACUCGCAGAUGUCGGUGGAGCCUCCCCGUCCGUCCCCACCGGUGGAACAACGCAGGCGCGACGAUUAUAACAGCCGCAAUGAGUACAGCAGUCGCGAUGAGCGUAGUAGCCGCAAUGAAUACAGCAACCGCAAUGACCGCCACAGCCGCGGCGAUUAUGACGAGCAGCCGCAAACCCCCAAGACCGAACCUCUGACCCCAGGCGACUUCCACAUGUACAAUAUUAACGAGAUGACAUCCAUCAUGGGCAAGAAGAAGAAGAUGCCGACUACUCUGGGCAUCAACCUUCGGACAGGCAUCAUCAUGAUCGCCCCCGAGUACGCUCAGGACGGCCCCUCGCUCGAGUGGACGGCCGAUCGCAUGACGCACUACUCGCGCGAGGGAAAGCACGUUUUCAUGGAGCUGGUCAAGCCGAGCAAGAGCAUCGACUUCCACGCGGGCGCAAAGGACACCGCCGAAGAGAUCGUUUCCAUGCUCGGCGAACUGGCCGGUGCCGUGCGUGCCGAGGGCCUGCGGGAGGUGAUCAUGGCUGCCACGGGGCCAAGGGCGAUACAGCAGAAGAAGGGCGUCAUCAUGUACGACUUCAUGGCCCAGGGCGAUGACGAGGUGACCGUCGGCAUCGGCGAUGAGGUCAUCAUCCUGGACGACACCAAGAGCGAAGAGUGGUGGAUGGUGCGCCGCGUCAAGAACCAGCGAGAGGGCGUCGUGCCGAGCAGCUACAUCGAGGUUACCGGCAUUAUCGAGAGCCCCGUGCCGACCGCCGCCUCCGGUGUCGGCGCCGGCAAGUCGACCAUCGAGCAGAACCGCCUAGACGAGGCGCGCAUGACCAAGGAGGCCAUCAAGGCCGGCCAGCGGGAGGACCAGAGGGAGAGGGAAAAAUCGAGAUCAGAGCAGCGAAGCAGACGCGAGAGCGGCCGCGCCGAGGCCUCGGGCUCGUCCAGGUCCAACGGAAAGUCGAAACCCGAUCCCUCCAAGGUCCGCUCGUGGACAGACCGCUCCAAGUCAUUCACCGUCGACGCCCAGUUCCUCGGCAUGAAGGACGGCAAGCUCAACCUCCACAAGCUCAACGGCGUCCGGAUCGCCGUGCCCGUCGCCAAGAUGUCCCUCGAGGACCUGGAGUAUGUCGAGCGCGUCACCGGUAUCUCCCUCGACGAGGACAAGCCGCUGUCCGACCUCAAGAGGCGGGCGACGACGAGCGAGAGCUCGCGCAAGCCCCCGGCUGCCAAGGUCGGCGCUUCCAUCGAGUCCAAGAAGUCGGACUAUGACUGGUUCCAGUUCUUCCUGAAUUGCGAGGUCCAGCCGGGGCUGUGUGAGCGCUACGCCCAGGCUUUCGGCAGGGAGUCCAUGGACGAGAGUGUCCUGCCCGACGUUGAUGCUUCCGUAUUACGGAACCUGGGCUUUCGCGAGGGUGAUAUCAUCAAGGUGAUGCGGUAUUUGGAUACCAAGUAUUAUCGUGGGAAGAAGGGCGAGGAAGAGCCUGGUGGCGGGUUGUUUUCUGGCCCGGGCGGCACGCUGCGGAACAACACCAGGAAAGGACGGCCGGCUCCUCCCGUCGAGACCAACAACACCGUCGAUCCGAACGCGUUCUCUUCGCAGAAAGACUCGUCUCCGGCUGAGGCCAAGGCCGCGUCCCCGCCUACGAAGGCAGCAGCUCCGACGGCUUCAAAACCUGCCGGGGGCUUUGAUGAUGAUGCGUGGGAUGUGAAGCCGUCCAAGACCCCCGAACCGGCUCCCCAGCAGGCACCGGCAGCUCCCGCCUCCGCUCCUGCCCCGGCUCCGGCCCCUGCUCCCGCACCGAGCUCGGCCAAGCUCACCGGGUCGAUGCAGGAGCUGUCACUGCUAACCCAGCCGUUAACGCCGGAAAAGGCUCAGCCGCCCGCCCCUCCACCAGCUUUGAACUUGGCGCCCGCUACGGCACCCGCCCCGGCUCCGGCCCAGAUUGCCCAGCCCACCGGCGCCACCCCCGGCUUCUUCAGCGGCAUGCAACCGCCCGCCAUCAACGGCCAACAAUCCCAGUACGCUCAGCAGUUGCCACAAAACAUCGCUCGCCAACGACCCAUGGCGCCGCAGUACGCCCAAGGCCAGGGCGGCCUAAUGCCACCCCCUCCGCCCUCGCGGCCCCUUUCCGCACCGCAGUCCGCCCAACCCAGCGCUUUCGCCCCGCCACCCCUCCAGCCCCAGAUGACCGGCUACUCCCAGGUCGCGCCCCCGGGCCAGAGCCUGAACGACCUCUCCCAAGCCCGCCUCCAGCAGCAGUACACCGCCAUGCAGCAGCAGCAGCAGCCGAUGAUGCCCAUGAUGACCGGCAUGCAACAGCAGCAGCAACCACAACAACAGGGCGGCUUCCAGGGCCCGUUCGUACCCCAGCCCACGGGUAUGGGACCCAUGCAGGCCCAGCCUACGGGAUUCAUGGGCGGCUAUCCGCAGCAGCAGCAGCAGCCGCAGAUGACUGGCUUGCCGCAGCCGAUGCAGCCGCAGCCUACUGGGUUUGGAGGUGGCAUGCAGCCGAUGCAGCCGAUGCAACCCAUGCAGCCGCAGGCUACUGGGUUUGGGAAUAUGCCUGCUUCUGGUGGUGCCAGUGGCGGACUGCAGCCGCCUGUGCAGCCGCUCGUGCCUCAGCAGACGGGGCCGGCGCCGCCGGUGAGGUUUGGUGUGACGGAGGGGGCCAAGAAAUUGGCGCCGCAGGCUACGGGGAGGAGGGCGAAUUUGUCUGCUGCUAGUGAGUUUUUCCUCUUUUUCUGCUUCCGUUUUUUCUGAAGAGAUUGACGCUAACGGUGAUGUGUCACAGCGCCGGAUAACCCCUUCGGGUUUUGAUCAACCACUACGCCUACAAUACACCCACGGGAGUUGCGUGAACGCCCUUUAGG